CCUCUGCACCCUCGGGGUGCUGUUUUCUAAGCAGUCGUCCAUUCUCGCCUCUGCUCGAUUACGCCUUUUUCAACAUUAUGACCCAAUCCUGUACAUGUACGGGUUUCCAAUGGCUCAUGGCAAGCCUAGACACAUCAACACAGUCAUUGUUGGAAAUGGACCCUCUGCAUUGAUUCUGUCCUACAUUCUUCAUGGACACAUUCCCUGGUAUGACAGGGACCACCCGCACCCUGACCCUCUUCUGCACGACAAACUGAACUGCUGGGAUCAUGAUUUGCUCAGUCUGGACGUCGAUUUCUUGACCGACCACUUCACCGCAUCGCGAUUUUCCUACUCGACCCAAGCCCUUCCCAUCAAUGUCCUCCUCGAUACCCUCAUCCGUCCAUAUGGAGAAACAGAAGAUGCGCCAAAGACCACUUGUGUCAAAUGGAAAUAUGAUCCUCAAAGAGCCGUGUCACACUUGGUCUUUGGAAAAACCUCCACGGCGGGCGGGCAGUGGGAGGAUAAUCCUGUCGAUGCCAGCUGGGACAUUGGGACAUUGAGUUAUGCAGGCAUGCUAUCUCUUCCAGGCUACACCUUUGAACAGCAUUACCACUGCCUUUAUGGCCGGUCAAUGCCUGUCUACUUGAGACCGUCGAGGCGAUCGGUUGCAGACUACUUCGCCGCAUAUCCCACAAAGGUAGGCAUCACUGAGGCGAUCCAAAAUGCGCAGGUCGUGUCUGAGGUCAGUCGGAGAGGGAAUACCUUCUACAUCGGUUCGCACAACAUUUCUUGCCAGAAUCUGGUGCUCGCCUCGGGAAUAUUCAGCGAAUUAAUUCAACCACCUCCGAUUCUUUGGCCUCUGGCGACCUUGGCGGGCGUCGAGAGUCGCGAACAACCUUUACCCAUUCUAGUCAUCGGCUCAGGCUUCAGCGCUGCAGAUAUCAUCAUAUCAAGCUCAGAACACCAAAGGAUCAUCCAUGUCUUCAAGUGGGCCCCUUCCACAUUACCCUCUCCGCUCCGGGCAUGCCAUCAGCAAGCCUAUCCAGAAUAUGCGGGAAUCUACCGGAGAAUGAAAAUCGCCGCAUUGUCGCACCCCAGCGUCUCUGGGAAGAGAUCAAAAGUACGUCACACACAUUCUGACUUUGAUUCAAGCCGGGACUGGAGCGCGACGUACGAGGGACUACCAAAUGCGCACAUUGUCAACGUCGAACAGUGCACUCAAGAAAGUGGGGCUACAGUGACCUUCCAAAUCGGCUCUGGCCAGCCAUUCAAGCGACAAGUCGGUAAUUUUGCUUAUGUGGUUGGACGGAGAGGUACUCUGGAGUAUCUUUCCCCUGAUCUGGUUGCUCAAGUCCUUCCACCCCGUGGAUCCAACACCGACAAGACUCAAGGUAAGCUCAUCUCAGCUCAUUGUCUGAGGGAGAAGGCAAACGAGGACCUGGAAGUUGCCGAGAGUGUCUUCAUCGUGGGCAGUUUGACCGGCGACUCUCUGAUCCGAUUUGCCUAUGGCGGCUGUACGUAUGCGGCGGGAAAGAUCAUGAGUCGACUACAGAAUCGAGACUCGACAAACACAAACGGACAGUAUAUCACGAAUGGAACCACAGUCUCAUUGUCUACUCCGGAGAAAUCCAGCCGGCCUCAGACCCCGUCUUCGCAAAUUCCGGCGAUGAGCGGCCUUGAUGGCCAUGAAGCAAGUCCUGCGAGGUCUGGACCUUUGGAUCGGAGGAAGGAACUGUGAAGGAACCGUUCUUGUUCCACUUUAUAAAGACUUUUGGGAAUAUACAUGACGAAGUACAUGAUCUGCAUCAUUGGACAUAAACAACACAACAAGUUGAAACACGUAUAUAUCAUGCGUGGCCUGCUGGUUGGUAAUAUCAAUUCAUCAUCAAGCAUUUCUAGUUAGAUGGCAUAUAUAUAAGAUUGGUAAUAUACAC